UCGCGCUUCGAGUUAUCGCGAUAUUUGCUCCCGUCAGCUGACAUGAUUGUAGUCCUCAGGUCAGGGAGGAACGCAGCAACAUAAUAUGAGUUCCUGAAACAAACAUGAUAACCGCUAAACAUCGAAAGUUUAACGUGGACAUUUGGAUGAUAAACCACUGAAAAUAUGGAGCACAUUAUUACGCCAAAGGUGGAGUAUGUGAAACUACUGAACAAGUAUGCUGACAAGAAAUCAGCUCUGGGCACUCUCUACUUGACCGCUACUCACCUUAUCUAUGUGGAACAAACUAACAACGCACGCACAGAAACAUGGGUGCUGCAUCAUCACAUCGUGUCGGUAGAGAAGCUUCCGUUAACUGCAUCCGGUUGUCCGCUCCUGAUCCGCUGUAAAACCUUCCAGCUGCUUCAUCUGCUGUUCCAAAGAGAGAGAGAUUGUCAGGAUGUCUAUCAGUCACUUCUGCGCCUGUCUCAACCAGUCAAAGAAGAGGAGCUGUAUGCCUUUCUCUAUAAUCCACACCAAAACGAGGAGGACAGGAGACAGGGUUGGGAAUUCAUCAGUGUGGCGAAUGACUUCAGCAGGAUGGGUCUCUCCAAUGAUUAUUGGGAAAUUAGCCAUCUCAACAAGAACUACGAGAUCUGUAGCACUUAUCCAUCUAUCCUAGGACUCCCUAAAAAUGCCAGUGUUGCGGUAGUAACAGGCAGUGCAAAGUUUAGGAGCCGAGGGCGAUUGCCUGUUCUGUCUUACUAUCACAAAGACACUAAGGCUGCGAUCUGUCGCUGUAGUCAGCCUUUGUCGGGUUUGACGUCUCGCUGUGUGGAAGACGAGCAGAUGCUUCAGGCCAUCAGCCAAGCGAACCCCAACUGCCCUUUUAUAUAUGUAGUGGACACACGGCCUAAGUUGAACGCAAUGGCCAACCGUGCAGCUGGUAAAGGCUAUGAGAAUGAGGACAACUACUCCAAUAUCAGGUUCCAGUUCCAAGGAAUCGAAAACAUCCACAUCAUGAGAAACAGCCUACAAAAAUUGCUGGAGGUGUGCUCUGUGAAGUCUCCUUCCAUGAGUGACUAUCUGACAGGUCUGGAGAACUCUGGCUGGCUGAGGCACAUCAAAUCUGUAAUGGAUGCAGGCGUGUUCCUCGCCAAGGCUGUCUGUGAAGAGAGGGCGAGUGUGUUAGUGCAUUGUUCUGAUGGUUGGGACAGAACGGCUCAGGUGUGCUCUUUGGCUUGCAUACUGCUGGACCCAUACUACAGAACUAUUAAAGGCCUCAUGGUUUUAAUAGAAAAGGAGUGGAUCUCUUUUGGUCAUAAAUUCAGUCACAGGUGUGGCCAUCUGGACACCGACCCCAAAGAAGUGUCUCCGGUUUUCACCCAGUUCCUGGAGUGUGUGUGGCAGCUGUCUGAACAGUUCCCCUGUGUGUUUGAGUUCAACGAACAUUACCUAAUAGAAAUACACAAUCAAGUCUACGCCUGCCAGUAUGGAAACUUUAUCGGCAACUGUCAGAAAGAGAGGCUGGACAUGAGGUUGCAUGAAAAGACGUUCUCCUUGUGGCCACAUCUUCUGAAGAACCAGCAUCUGUAUCGAAACCCAUUGUACCGGCGUUCGUUAGAGAGCACAGUUCUGAGACCCAGCACUUUACCACUGCACUUCAAGUUCUGGUGUGGGAUGUAUAACCACUAUGACAGAGGCAUGCACCCAAAACAGUCUGUUCUAGACCAGCUGCUCUCCCUCACACAGAAGCAGGAGGAAGGAGAGAGAACCAUGACUGAAUUACAGCGACAGCUGGCUGUUGCAGAUGGAGUUCUCCCCGAUCCAUCCGGACCAAUCAACACACCUACGGAACAGGACAGUCCAAGCGAGAAGACUCCCACCGCUCCUUUCGUCCAAUCAAAUGGAAGCUGCCUUCCUUUGGUUAAUGGAGACGCAGAGGAGGUGGGCCCGGGAGCUGAGAAGUGCAUUGACAAAGAAGGGGCGGAGCCAGGAGCCACCGAACACGAUCUGACCUCCUCUGAGGACAAACCUGUUUCUGUGGAAACAGAACAUUCCAAAGAGGAGGUACAAGAAUCCUCUUGAGUCUCCAUAGUAACAGAACGGACAUUUUGACUGAAACCCCAAAGAACAAAUAUAUGGAUUAUUGAAAAGAUGCAUAAAGUACUGUUUCCACAGCUGAAGCUGCAGCACACUAGUUUGUUAUUGUUUAUAUUGCUGUAAUAUCUGUUCUUUAUGUUUUCUGUGGACUUCAGUGUGUUUGAUGGCCUUCAGACCACGAGGAUUGAAGCUACAUGCUUUGAUCGUAGGCACUUAGAAUAAUCUUCAUUUUGUUUAAAUGCCGUUCUGAUCAAAUGUGGCCUUAUUCAUUGUACAAUAGACUGUUUUUUAAUGUCUUUCUUUUAGUAACACUUGUGUAGUACAUUUGAAAGCCAGACUCUGAUACUGAUUUAUUCAGACACACAAGCAGCUGAUGUGAAAUUCAUGUUGAUAAAGGGAACAUGUUGUUAAAACAUGGAUCAAAUUGAUUAUAAGUUUUUUGCAAAAAGGGCUUAGUAUUAUUUUUGUGGUGUUCCUAAUUGCAAACGCUGCUCAUUUUUCAUAAAAAGAAACACUGCUGUUGACUGCUGAUUCAUUGCAAUAGGAUGCCAUAUUGUUUGAGCCAAGCUCUAAUGCCAAACAAAAAAUUUGAUGCGCUUAUUUCCUUUUAAACAAGCCUUUUAAAUUGCAUAUAGUUUUGCAAAGCAAUACUGUUUUUAAUGAUGUGGAAAAGUUUUGACAACUUCAGUUCUAAUAUUCAACUUCUUGAACCCUGGCUGCUGUGGGGCUCCAGACACGUUUUUAUUAUUAUGUGAAAUGCAAAACCAAUGUUUAAAAAGGCUUCCUUUAUUGAGAAGCAUUUGUUUACAUUAUUAUUUUUUGAUUAAAUUAGAAAUAAAAUCUAUUGAUUAAAUGUACAGCAAUAGUCAAAAGGGAAUUUUGAAAUAAGAAAGAAGAGGGUUACCACUGAAAAUGACUGUGGUCACGUUACAUCUAUUGUUUUUAAAACUGAGAAGAGUUUUGCUCUGUGUAUUAAUUGUGUCGGCUCAUUUUAUACACGCUUGUUUUGAUCAUUGCACUGUUUUGUACCUCUUUUGUACAUCAUUCAGUUUUCUUUAAAUAAAUAAAUAUUAAUUUUGGUGAACAAA